AUGUCGGACCUUGCAACUAUGCUGUCCUUUCCGCCGGAGAAGAAGAAGAAGGAUCUGAGUAUCAAGGACUAUGACAAGGAGAUGACAUCCUACAUCAAGAGUCUGUCCGGGCUCUCGCAGUCUGCGUGGACUAAGAACGUCGAGAAGAAGAACAUACUCGAAAUGCUCGACCCCGCCGUCAACUCGAUACCCUACCUCGUGUCCCUCAACAGACAGCUGGACGCAAACGCCAACGACGUCAGAGCCCUCGAGCAGUUAUACCAACACAUCGAGCUCUUCUUCACAUCCUUCGAUCCAGUCCAAGUCCGAUAUGUGGGCGAAGAGUGGAGGAACCUAUUCACAACUACAUACGAGCUGCUCCAGAACGACAGAUCCGACAACAUCAGCCUGCUGGUCAACGCCUUGUUGCGUCUAGACCCGACCGCUGGCACCUUCACCACGAACCAUCUCCGCAUCGUCCGACUAGCACUUCGAAACGAGGUGCCCAGUCAAGCACUGCCAAUCAUUGACAGAGACAUAUACGCGUUUCCUCAGAAAGCCGUCAAGGGCGCCCCCGACGAACUGUUGAGCGACGAGCACGAACUCAGCAACGCAUACAUCACCUACAACUCAAAGUUCUCCCAACCUAUCAGCACGGAGUACGUUCUGGAGUACUACCUACUCGGCGCCCACAUCUACAUCGGCAUGCGAAACUUCCAUCGAGCACGACUCUUCCUCGAGCAUGUCAUCCUGUCACCGACCCAGCAACAUGCAGUCAGCGCUUUGCAGGUCGAGGCAUACAAGAAGUGGGUCUUGAUCGGUCUGCUGGCACAAGGACGCGCAUACCCUGCUCCAAAGACUGUCGACCCCUCGGUUUAUAAGAGCAUCCAAGUGCUGGCGAAGCCAUACGAUGCACUUUCAGACGACUUCGACAAGAGAGACUACAAGAAGUGGAACGCCGAGGUUGAGGUCGCUGCGAACAUAUGGCAGGAUGAUGGUAACCUGAGACUUGUGCGGGAGGCCGGCGAAGCGUUGAUGCGAUACCGCGUGCUUGAUCUACAGAAGACAUACGCUGCGUUGUCCAUUGCACGUGUGGCACAGCUGGUCGACAUGCGAGACACAGAAGCGAUCCAACUACUGCAGCAGAUGAUCCAAGGCGGUCAUCUCAACGCCGAUCUCUCCAGCACCGACGGUGUCCUGCGCUUCAACGAGACGAGUGUCGCGCCUACAGCCGCGGACGACGACCUCGAGGGCCAGACCCAGCGCAUCACAACUCUGGUGGCAUCCAUUCGAGACGCGGACCGACGGCUACAGCUCACCAAGGAGUACGUCGAUUAUGCUAAGCGCAUAAAGCGGAGUGGGGACGCCGUCAGCGGUGAUCCAGCCGAUAUGAUGGAUCUCUCCUACGAUGCGCCAAUCGUCGACGACGAUGGCGAUGAGGACCUCAUGAAUGGCGGGUUCUAG